AAACACAACGACUCAACGAUUGCAGUAUCUUGGCCUACUUCAAAAGCCUAUCACGCUCGGAGCCCGCUAGAAGUCGAUGCGUUGCAGAGUGAACUCUUCGUUCCGUUCCCAUCCCUCGUCUUGCUUUCGCUUCCAUCAAUCCGCCGCGGCUCGUGUCCGUCUCCCGGCUCCCUCGGCGUCUCGCUCAUCGAUCCGCCGCGACUCGUGUCCGUCUCUCGGCUCCCUCGGCGUCUCGCUCAUCAACGCCAGCGCUGGCGCACAAGCCCCUCGUUGACUCAGACCCGCGCGCCGCCGCACGAGAGGACAAAUCGGGGAGGACAGAUCGACGCUCCGCAGGGUUUCGUUCUUGGCGGAGAUAGAUGGCACUGAAUCGGAGAGGAUGGACGCUGCUGCGCCUCCGCUGUGCUGCGACUCCGUUCGGGAAGCUGUUCAAUCGGACCGCCGCGUCUUCAUCCGGAUGCACCUCCAAACUGUUCGUCGGUGGUCUUUCUUACGAUACUAAUGAAACAGCUCUCAAGGACGCUUUCUCUCAACAUGGUGAUGUUAUUGCAGUGAAGGUUAUAUGCCAUCCAACGAGGGGCAAGUCAAAAGGAUUUGGCUUUGUCACGUUUUCUUCACAAGAUGAAGCUGCAGCAGCAGCGCACAAGAUGAACGGUGCUCGAUGGGAGGCACAUUCGGGUGCACUACUCAAACAGUGGAUGAUCUGCCACUGCUGCUUAUUCAUUACUGAAUUUGUUGGUAGGAUUGAGUGAGCACCAAUGUAUACUGCUUAUGUUCAGUCCAGCCUACAAAUAGACAGUCUGCUGAUUUCUCAGCACAGCACAGGGUUCCCUGAGUUGUUCCUCACUUUAUUUUGAGAUCUGAAAGAUUGCAGGACCACCUCAUCUUUAAACCGUUUUCUUUCACUGGCAUGAUUGCAUGAACAUGUAAGAGUGAUACUCCCAUCUUAGAUCUAGUUUAGGCCUGAUGAUGGGAAAAUUUUAUUUGCAACACUGGAAGGUGACACUAGGUUAUUACUGGUCAGGCAGCACCAAAAGGCACCAUUUCCUAACA